UUAUAGCAGAUAUCUCGUAACAGAGGUUCGUGCCGUAGCAAUAUAUACACGAUAUUAUUAGUAUAAAAAGAAACAAAAAAUGUGUGACGACGACGUUGCGGCUCUUGUAAUUGACAACGGUUCUGGUAUGUGCAAGGCUGGUUUCGCGGGUGACGAUGCACCACGUGCUGUUUUCCCAUCUAUUGUUGGCCGCCCAAGACAUCAGGGUGUCAUGGUUGGAAUGGGACAGAAGGAUUCGUAUGUUGGUGAUGAAGCUCAGUCGAAGCGCGGUAUUCUCACAUUGAAAUAUCCGAUUGAACAUGGUAUCGUGACCAAUUGGGAUGAUAUGGAAAAGAUUUGGCACCAUACAUUUUAUAACGAGUUGCGAGUAGCACCAGAGGAGCAUCCUGUUCUGUUGACGGAAGCUCCAUUAAAUCCAAAGGCAAACAGAGAAAAAAUGACGCAAAUCAUGUUCGAAACCUUUAAUACCCCAGCUAUGUAUGUUGCAAUCCAGGCUGUCCUCUCCUUAUAUGCUUCUGGUCGUACAACUGGUAUUGUGCUUGAUACUGGUGAUGGUGUUACGCAUACCGUUCCAAUUUAUGAAGGCUACGCACUGCCGCACGCAAUUCUGCGUCUGGAUUUGGCUGGUCGGGAUCUUACUGAUUACCUCAUGAAGAUUCUUACUGAGCGCGGCUACUCGUUCACAACGACUGCGGAACGUGAGAUUGUUCGGGAUAUCAAAGAAAAACUGUGCUAUGUAGCUUUGGACUUCGAACAAGAAAUGGCUACUGCAGCAUCGUCAUCAUCGUUGGAGAAGAGCUAUGAACUGCCCGAUGGACAAGUCAUUACUAUCGGCAACGAACGAUUCCGAUGCCCCGAGGCUCUCUUCCAGCCUUCAUUCCUCGGAAUGGAGUCGACCGGUAUUCAUGAAACGACCUACAAUAGCAUCAUGAAGUGUGACGUAGAUAUCCGAAAAGAUCUGUAUGCAAACACUGUCCUCUCAGGAGGUACUUCAAUGUUUCCGGGUAUUGCCGACCGUAUGCAGAAGGAGAUUACUGCACUUGCUCCAAGCACGAUGAAAAUUAAGAUCAUCGCGCCACCGGAACGUAAAUAUUCGGUCUGGAUUGGUGGUUCCAUCCUGGCGUCACUAUCCACUUUCCAACAAAUGUGGAUCUCGAAGCAGGAAUACGAUGAAUCGGGACCGUCAAUUGUUCAUCGUAAAUGUUUCUAGGCUGUUGCUAUUGUUGCUUCCCUGCCAUGUUUCAGCUCUUUAGCAGCAAGUGCAACAAAAAUACUAAUUGAACAGUCUUCUGUUUGUCCGUACAUCCCUCUCAGUUAUUAAUGCACACGCCUGUACUGUACUAGUUUCUUUUCUUUCUACAAUUAGAAGUCAGAGAAACCACAUCAAUUCUGGACGGAAACGAUAUCUCAGAAACUUGGAUUUACUCGAUUGUUUAAAUUACAUGAAAGUUUUCAAUCAUAUUCCCAUAAAUCAGGAUGUGUG